AUGAGUGCAUCAGGCUUAAGUUCUGCCUUAGCAAAUUGCAUUAAUCUCUCAAAUUUGAUACUUCAGCUUUAGAGCAAUGAAAUUGGUGAUGAAGAUGCAUCAGGCUUAGGUUCUGCUUUAGCAAAUUGCAUUAAUCUUUCAAAUUUUACACUUCAGCUUUCGAACAAUUAAAUUGGUGCAAUGGGUGCAUCAGGCUUAGGUUCUGCUUUAGCAAAUUGCAUUAAUCUUUCAAAUUUGACACUUCAGCUUUCUUAAAAUUAAAUUGGCGAUGAAGGUGCAUCAGGCUUAUGUUCUGAUUUAGCAAAUAGCAUUAAUCUCUCAAAUUUGACACUUCAGCUUUCUGAAAAUUAAAUUGGUGCAAUGGGUGCAUCAGGUUUAGGUCCUGCUUUAGCAAAAUGCAUUAAUCUCUUAAAUUUAACACUUGAUCUUAGGAACAAUUAAAUUGGUGCAAUGGGUGCAUCAGGCUUAGGUUCUGCUUUAGCAAAUUGCAUCAAUCUCUUAAAUUUGACACUUGAACUUACUGAAAAUUAAAUUGGUGAUAAAGGUGCAUCAGGCUUAUGUGCUGCCUUAGCAAAUUGCAUUAAUCUUUCAAAUUUGACACUUAAGCUUUCUCGAAAUUAAAUUGGUGCUAUGGGUACAUCAGGCUUAGGUUCUGCUUUAGCAAAUUGCAUUAAUCUCUCAAAUUUGAAACUUAACCUUCGUGAAAAUUAAAUUGGUGCAAUGGGUGCAUCAGGCUUAGGUUCUGCUUUAGCAAAUUGCAUUAAUCUUUCAAAUUUGAGACUUAUACUUUUUUUUAAUUAAAUUGGUGAUGAAGGUACAUCAGGCUUAGGUUCUGCUUUAGCUAAAAGCAUUAAUCUCUUAAAUUUAACACUUGGUCUUAGUGGAAAUUAAAUUGGUGAUGAAGGUUCAUCAGGCUUAAGUUCUGCUUUAGCAAAUUGCAUUAAUCUCUCAAAUUUGACACUUAAGCUUUCGAACAAUUAAAUUGGUGUAAUGGGUGCAUCAGGCUUAGGUUCUGCUUUAGCAAAUUGCAUUAAUCUUUCAAAUUUGACACUUCUGCUUUUUAGUAAUAAAAUUGGUGAUGAAAAUGCAUCAAACUUAGGUUCUGCUUUAGCAAAUUGCAUUAAUCUCUCAAAUUUAACACUUUAACUUUGUUUUAAUUAAAUUGGUGAUGAAGGUGCAUCAAACUUAGGUUCUGCUUUAGCAAAUUGCAUUAAUCUUUCAAAUUUGACACUUGAUCUUAGUAUAAAUUAAAUUGGUGAUAAAGGUGCAUCAGGCUUAGGUUCUGCUUUAGCAAAAUGUAUUAAUCUCUUAAAUUUAACACUUUAACUUAGUUGGAGUUAAAUUGAUGAUUAAGAUGCAUCAGGCUUUGGUCUUGCUUUAGCAAAUUGCACUAAUCUCUCAAAUUUGACGCUUAAUCUUAGUAACAAUUAAAUUGGUGCAAUCCGUGCAUCAGGUUUAGGUUCUGCUUUAGCAAAUUGUACUAAUCUCUCAAAUUUGACACUUGAUCUUUAUAACAAUUAAAUUGACGCAAUCGGUGCAUCUGGCCUAGAUUAUGCUUUAGCAAAUUGCAUUAAUCUCUCAAAAUUGACACUUAGUCUUUAAUCCAAUAAAAUUGAUGAUUAAAGUGUAUCAGUCUUAGAUUCUGCUUUAGCAAAUUGUACUAAUCUCUCAAAUUUGAUACUUGAUCUUAAUAAAAAUUAAAUUGGUGCAAUGGGUGCAUCAGACUUAGGUUCUGCUUUAGCAAAUUGCACUAAUCUCUCAAAUUUGAUACUUGAUAUUAGAUCCAAUAAAAUUGGUGAUUAAGGUUUAUCAGGGUUAUGUUCUGGUUUAGCAAACUGCACUAAACUCUCAAAUAUUAAACUUAGUCUUAGAUCCAAUGAAAUUGGUGAUUAAGGUCCAUCAGGCUUAGGCUCUGCUUUAGCAAAUUGCACUAAUAUCUAAAAUUUAGGAUUUGAUCUUAGUUAAAAUUAAAUUGGUGAAACAGGUGCAUCAGGAUUAGGUUCUGCUUUAGCAAAUUGCACUAAUCUCUUAAAUUUGACACUUUUAUUAAACCACAAUUAAAUUGGUGCAACAGGUGCUUCAGACUUAGGUUCUUCUUUAGCAAAUUGCAUUAAUCUCUUAAGUUUGUCUCUUAGUCUUAAGUAAAAACAAUUUAUUCACUUUUGA